UACAUGGAACUGUCUUUUCAUCUUUUCCAUUAUUCACUCUUUACCUCCAUAACCAUAAAGUUAGAGAGAGAGAGAGAGAGUGUGUAUCCAUGGCCAUGGCUGUUCUUCAAGACCAGAAGCAGAAGCAGAGCUCCUCUUGCCCACGGCCACCUAAGGUAGUCAGUGGCAGUAAUGCUAAUCCAAAUAUGCCUGAAAGCCGUAAGCGAAAGAGAGUUACCGUAGCAAAAAGCGGCGUAUAUGAAAGAGCAAGGGAGGUUGAAGCAACCCUCGAUCCUAGGUUCCCUAUCCUGCUCAGAGUCAUGCUGCCUUCUCACGUUGCUGGCUGUUUCUGGCUUGGCCUUUCCAAGAAAUUCUGCUUUGAUCAUAUGCCAAAACAAGAUAAGACGAUUGUUUUGGAAGAUGAAAAUGGGGAUAAAUUUGAAACUAAAUAUCUUGCGGAGAAGGUGGGACUGAGUGGUGGAUGGAGAGGUUUUUCAAUUGCUCGCAAGCUACAGGAGGGAGAUGCCGUGAUUUUCCAUCUGGUCACCCCGUCCAAAUUUAAGGUGUAUAUUAUUAGAUCCAAUGAUUUAGACGACAUGGAUUGCGCUAUUGACCUUGUGAAAUUAGAUGCUUCUAUUAAACUGGCGGAUACUGGAGAUGUUAUAGCAUGUGGAAGGGAAGAGAGGGAGAAAUUGGAAACUAUUCCAAAGGACUCCGCAAUAGCCUUUGCUUCAAAGUCUGGUUCGAUAUCAGAUCAUUCUGGAAAUGAUAUUGAAGAUCUUGGUUUUGAAGUUCUGGAUGGACUUCGGCUUUCAGAGUCUAACGUCGCUUUCAAAGAAGUGAAAAGCGUGGAGAACUUCAAUGUUCUUGUCAAUGGUUUAAACAUAAAUUCUGAGUUCUCAAAACACCUUCUGACCAAGUACUACGAUCUCUGCUGCAGUCAAAACUCGUUCCUCCAUGAACUUCUUAUCGAGGGUCUAAACUGCAAACUGAUUUCUGGAGCAAUUUCUGAGACAAUCAACAUUGCAGAUGCUAUCAGGUCCUGCAGUGUUACUACAUUGGGAUGCAAUUUUUCCGCUUGGUAUAAGACUUUGAAAGCCUUUGAGGGUUUAGGCAUGAAUGUCGGGUUCCUGCGUACCCGUCUGGACCAGCUUGUAAGUCUUGCUUCAAGAUCGAAAAGAUUUAAAGAGGCUAGACUUGAAAAGGAGCAGGCGGAAGAAGAGAUGAGGAGCUUGGAGGCAAAACUUUUGGUAGUAAAAGAUGCUAUAAAUAUACUUGACUCUGAGAUUGAGAGUCUAAACACGAGUUUGGAGAAGCUUGAGCAUAUGUUCCAAGAAGUGGCUAAAGCCCCUUGGUGAUGAGAAGACUUCAAUUCCUCUGGUUCUUAUUUUGGUAUGUAUCAAGGUUUAUUGUUCAGAACCAGAACUGUGCCAAAGCUACGUGGUGAAGAAGCGUUUUGUGGUAUGAUCUUCGAUGCUUCUGUGGAGUCCCACUCGCGUUUUGUGUUAUGGUCUUGGGUGUUUCUGUGGAGUCCCGGGCACAUCGAUAGAUUGACCAUCUUUUGUGUAUAGACGUCAUCAAGGUAGUGUUACCCAGCAGGGAAUCUGGUAUUCCCCUUUGUACUUUCCAGCUAACAUGGGAAGAUAUAUAUGAUACAGAGCCAAUUAACGUGAACUGUUGUCUCAAAACUUUGAAAUUUUUAACGAUAAUUUAUCAUGAAAGUAA